UACUGGGCUUACACUGCUCUUACCAACAUCUGUGACUCGUUAGCCUUGAAGAGCAAGAAGAUGGCCAACAAAACACCAUCUCAGAUGGAGCGCAGCAUAACCACCAUCAUCAACGUCUUCCAUCAAUACUCUAGGAAGGAAGGAAACCCUGACACCCUGAGCAAGAGGGAAUUCAGAGAAAUGGUGAACGCGAAGUUGGCAACUUUUAUGAAGAAAGAGAAGAGAAAUGAAGCACUCAUAAAUGACAUCAUGGAGGACCUGGACACAAACCAGGACAAUCAGCUGAGCUUUGAGGAGUGUAUGAUGCUGAUGGCAAAGUUGAUCUUUGCCUGUCAUGAGAAGCUGCAUGAGAACAACCCACGUGGGCAUGGCCACAGCCAUGGCAAAGGCUGUGGGAAGUAAUUAAGAGGUCAGCCAUGUGACAGCUGCCCAACCAAGUCUAAAGGGAAUGGCUUACUAAAUGGCCUUUGUUCUGGGAAAUGAUAAGAUAAAUAAUAAAUAAGUCUUUAUCCAUUCCA